GAAGACCAAGUUGAACAUCGUACGAUUUUUUCUGUUGAUGAUGACGUGCCUAAAAAAUUGGUGUUAAGGCUCAAUGUCUAUAAGAAAGUAACCUCCCCCCGAUGUAUGCGCCUAGGUUCUCUUCAUGGGUAAUAAAGCAGAAAUCGCUGUUAAUUGAUUCGAGAAGUAACUCAACGCUUCCUAAGCAAUACCAACCAAACAAUGCUCAGCCGCGAAUCCCAUACCGAGCGGGGAGAUAAACUCGAGCAACAUUACUGGAGUCCUGAUGUGAGUGGACGGAGUCGUGACACCAACCACGAAUACGCCGAGCAUAGAGAUAUAGGUAGAAACUGCUUAUACUCAGCCACUGCCACGUCACCAAUAAGCGUAGCAGUCGUGGCUCUCGUCUCCGUUCUCGAGAUGAAUCUUUUUGACCGCCACCACAGCCGGUCAAGUUUAGAUCAGGCUUCCAUAGAUCCCAUAUUUUUUUUCGAGAAUUCAAAUUCCGUAUUCGCUCACUUUGCGAACCCAUCUAUCACUACCUUUAUUGCAUCAAUAGUUGUUUAUUGCGUGGCUAUUGGUUUAUAUUACUACCGCGGGGCUGGUUCGAGACAUCGAGACACAUUUCUUGUCGGCGGCGCAAGUAUCGGGACUCUGAUCGGGGCUAUAAGUGGCCUGGAUAUGCAAGGCAUUAUUUUUCGUGUCCUUCCUGGCUUCAUCUUAGCCACCACUCUGAUACAUUCCGUUAUUACGACAUCGGGCUUUCUGAAUUGAGUCGCGAUUGGAAGGCCCCUCUGGAUGACAUCAUGUCUCAGAUUGAUUACUUGGCAAAGAAGUAUGUAACAGCCGCUGAGAAUGGAAGUUCUGCCUGGUUUUAUACACGACAAAGUAUUGUGAGGUACUUAUAUACGUUAGGUACACCAGCAUACAUGUAUG